GUUAAGUUUUGGCCGAGAAGUGACAGUGGCCGAAAAGAGUAGGGUAGGUAAGUGUUGGCCGAAAAGUGACACUGGCCGAAAACGGAAGGGUACAUUUUGGCCGAAAACGGUGACGCCCAAUAUUAUUGUAUAGUAAACGCAAUGUAUAAGUUGUAGCUUGUAGGUAGCUAGAUAUCUGCAUGAUAAAAUUGACAAACUCUGAAAUGGUACCUAUAUAUAAUAUGUCAUAUUAAUUAGGCAUUCUGUUCRAAAUACGGUUAAGAAUUGUUAAACCUACAAAUGUAUAGAUACUACAUGGACACAUACCCAUCUUAAUAUUUCAAGUAAUUUUUCUGUUUUUCACAAUUCUGUCAACCAUCUAUUUUUAAUAUUCAAUCUAUAUUGAUGCAGAAUGGAAUUUUUCAUAACUUACAAGUUKGUUUUAUUUGUAAUGUUAUUUCUCAUUUAAAAUACUGAUACCAUUAAAUAUUUAAAAGAAUACUGAAUCAUGUUUUCAUGCAAACUUAUAAAAAUUUUAAUAGGGACCUUCAUUUGAAUACCUAAUACAAUAACGCAAAUGYAUGUAUAUUCUUUUCAGCAUGAUUACUUUUGGGCAACAUUAUGCCAUAACGUUGGCUACUCAACAGCACAAGAAUAAAAAUCAACCAGAACAACAGCAAGAUUAUCAAAAUCAACAAGAUACAGCACCAGGCGGAGUUAAUAUUCUAUUGGGAGGGGUUAUGAUGAGUAGCAUGAUAUUAUUUAUUUUAUGGAUGUGUUAUUGUUGUCGAUGGAAAGAUAACAAGUUUGAUACAACAACAUGUGAUGAACAACCACAACCUUUUUGGAUUGAUGUUAAUUCAAACACAUACUAUGAAGCACUACAAUGGUCAUUACAACAAGAAUGUUGUGAAAUACCAGAAACAUAUUGUUCACCAGAGAGCAUGCAGGAAACACCACCAAGAUAUGAAACCGUAAUCACACCACCACCUGGAUAUGAGGAUGUGAUGAGGGAAAAUUAUAAGAAAAAAAAAUCUUUAUUAGAUGUCACAGAAAAUAAUAGGACACAUACCAUUUGACCACAGUUGUUUUUAUCUUAUACACAUUAUAUACUUGCAAUUAAUUAAUUACAUUAGGAAUUACAGGGAAGUAGAAAA